AUGUCGAGGUCUUUCUACGUCGAUUCUUUAAUCAUUAAGGACUCUGUGCGCCCUGGACCGCCCGAGCAUCCAGGACAAGACUUCCUUCUCCCCCUGAGCAUGCACUCUCCCGGCGUGAUGACGGUCAGCGCGCCGGUGUGCCCUUCCAGGAAAAACGGCACUUUCUGUGUUUGCCCGCUGUGCGUCACGUCCCACAUCCACUCGUCCCGCAGCGGCAUCCCCAUGCUGAAGAGUCAGUUUCCAGGAGCGGAGGCGCAGUUCUGUCAGAGGAUAACGCAUCAGCAGUCUCCUGCGCUCGCACACCCGGGACAUACAGCUGUCUGCACGCCUACCUUCAGCGUCACAGAUCCCAGGAGAUACCACUGUCUCUCUCUUGGCGCCUCUGAGAGCAGCCACAUACAGAAUGGAAAGAGGAUGCGCACAGCUUUCACAAGCACACAGCUCCUGGAACUUGAAAGGGAGUUUUCCACGAACAUGUAUCUGUCCAGACUGAGAAGAAUCGAAAUAGCCACGUAUUUAAAUCUUUCAGAGAAACAGGUGAAAAUCUGGUUUCAGAACCGCAGAGUGAAGCACAAGAAGGAGGGUAAAGCCACCCAGAGGAGCGCGCACAGCGGGUGCAAGUGCACCACGGGCCACACGGACUAUUCACGCUCAGAGGAUGAGGAGUCUCUGUCUCCGGCCUCUGCCUCAGAGGAGAAGGAGGUGUCACCCAUCUGA